GUCGCGCCAAUGUUUCACCACAAAAUAUAAUAUGGCAGCCAUUUAUAGUCUUUACGACGAGAGGGAAAUCGAGCCGUGGAAGGAGGCAUUUCUGUUAUAUGACAAGAUGCUAAAACUUAAAGCCCAAAAAGAAAAGAAAGAAAAGGCCGGAAAACUUCUGGAACUUGAUUAUUGGUAAGCUGGUGAAAUAGUGCAACCAAACAAGCUCCUAAAACCUUAUACAGUGAAACCUCCAUAAGACUUAACAGCCUUUAAGCUUAUAGCUUAGCGAAUGGCAAAAUUCGAUUGCUAAAACAAGGUUUUGUGAUAUUGAGGUCCAUUUCUAUCUAUUUUUCUCUCACUGGGGCGAAGAAUUUCGUUCUUUAUACCGAGACCUUCGUCAUAAUUAGAGGUUUGUUUUUUCGAGGUUCCGCUGUAUAAGGUAAAUGGUACGUUUUGGGUGACGGGGAAACUAUCUAGCGGAAUUAAUCCCGUAACCAUUAUAUACCUGCCAACUCUCACGCCUUAGGCGUGAGUCUCACGCCUGCGGGUUGAAAACUUCGAUCUCACGCCGGCUCACGCCUGCGGGCCAAUUUCUCACGCCUGAUUGAAAAAUGUGAGUUGUUGCCGUCCUGCUUGACACAAUUUCCAAAAAUAUGUUAACUCAGACCCAUGUAAGGAACGAAAACCUUGUGUAAAAUGAAAAAAAUGGCAAUACCUUCCUCGCGAUCUCUGAUUUUUGAAGUGAAAAGCACUGGAGCGAGCUCGCUUUUGGCAGACUUCGGACGUCUUCGGAAGACUUCGGACUUCUUCGGGGAAUCUUCGGAAAUGAUCGUGUCGUCUUCAAAAUCCCAGCACUCCCAGGAUAAAAAUCUCACGCUUAUAUCUCAGAAAAGUUGGCAGGCAUACCAUUACUCAUGCCUCUCCCCGCAAAGAACAUCAAUAACAUGGGACCCUGAAUCACCCCUAUCCUCUUUUAGUAAAAUCCAACUAGUGGCCUGUUAUCAAUGCUGCGUUCUGAUUGGUUGAGCUACUACUAGGCUAUAUGUUACAGCCUUCUAGAAGCGAAAAGUGCCGACUUUGACCAAAUCCCAAAGCAAACUUUAUUGUAAUGGGUGUAUAUCUGUCUGGCAGAGUGCAAAUGGCCAAAACUAAAAGUCGAUGCAAGUCUUAAUUAUUCAGCAGAUGAUUUUCCUAUCUGAGUAGUCAAACCGAAUAUUGAAAGCAAGUUUUGAAUAUUUGUCUUAAGUAGUAUUAUUGGAAGUAAGUUUCAAAAUAAGGAACAAUUAUUCAAGCCAAGUUUGAUAUAUAUACAGAACAAGUGUCAUAUAUUUUGGAAAAGUUUUAUAUAUUUAGAGGAAGUAUUUUUGUCUGCUUUGGCAUGUGAUAGAAAAAAGAAUUCUAAAAUAUUUCACUAUUUCAUCCUUCUUAGCUUGGGAAACAAAAAGAAGAAAAUUCUUCUCAAUCAUUUCAUUAUGGUGAUAAUGAUUAUUUCUCUACUGCUUUUUGUUUUUUUUUUUUCUUUAAAACAGAUUCACACAUUUGUGACCCUGCUAACAGUGACAUAGUGGUAAGGGGGUGGGGGGGGGGGUGAGAUUAGAGGCCUAAGAAAAGAAAAAUAAAGCACUGGGGAGGGUAUGAGUAAUGGUUAUGGAAUAAAAGGAAGGCAACUAAAUCCCGUCAAAACAAAUAUAAACUCAAUCAGUAAAUCAAAAGAAAAUAAAAUAUCAAUGAAUAAUAAAUAUGCAAAGGACUUGAUAUCGGCAGCACUUAUUGAUAUCAUAAGUUCCCACUUUUGGCAUUUUAAAAAGAAUCCUUUUAUUUUUCAAUCCAUAAUUUUCAAGUUUGUUCUUUAUGUUAUUGUGGAAUUUGUCCAUACUUAUGAAAAUGAGAGGUCAGUUUACUGUUUGAUGGUGAUUAUAUCAUUUUGAUAAUUUUAUACUGCAAGAAUGCACCUGUCCAAGCAAAAAUCAACCAAUUACCAAAGAAGCCAAACACUCUUCACUCAAUCAUAGGUCCACCCAUAAUGUCCACCUAUAUGUAAUAAUUAUGGUAUAAAUAAUUAUCAUUCCCCUCUUAAAGGCAAGUUGCAUUUCUUAAAACCUGUCAGACUGAACCAUAUCUUACUAAUAUGACUAUUUUGCACUCCCUUCAUGUACUGUUGCUGAUUUAAAUGCACCAUGCACCGGUAAGUUUCAAAUGUCUAAAUCUAAUGAGUAUUCUUGAUCUUCAUUCUUUGUUUUGGGGUUGUAAAGCAUGGCAAUGACUGUUAUUUAGUGUUAAAUAUCUACUAAGUGUAACUAUUGAAAGGUUUCAGAAUCAGUUGCCUCAAGAAAUAAAUAAGAGAUCAGAGAAAUUUCUGACACAGGAGGAACUGAUCAAACUCAUGGAAUGGAAGUUGAUGGUAAGUUGAAAGAAAACACUAGGGGUUUUUCUAGGUUGUAGGUGACUUUUUUUUAAUUUGCAGGUGUACUAGGUUUCCUUUUUCUUGAAUGCCAACCCUAAACCUAACACCCACACCUGCUUAUAAAUGUACGUGUUAUAGGUCAAAAUUAUAUUUAUGUUAGAAUUUUUAACCUAGUUUGAUUCUCAAUAUCCUUUGUCUCCUAGCCCAAAUUCAGGAAUAAUUAGGGCUAGGAGAAAAAGGAAAUAGAGAAUUAAUUUAAUUUUGAGCUGUAACAUGUGCACUUGCAAUUUUAACUCAGUUAUAUCUCUGGGUUAGUAAAUCUCACUGAAGUAUGGGUUGGUUUAAUUCGGUGGUCUUAAUUUUAUUUUUUUAUCGUUUUUGGGUAUGCAGGGUGCCAUAUAAUAAUAAUAUACUAGAGGUUCAUUAUUUAAGCUACAAAAAUGAUUCAAAUAAAAGUUUAAGCUUUUUCUCUCACUGUUCAUUAACUGUCUCAGCGUGGAAAGUUCAGACCUCGUCUUACUCAGCUUGUGCAGACAAAUGACAGUGAAACAGUCAAGGAGGUCACAAGUAAAGCCUUCAAGUGUUUACCUGACAUUAAACAGGCAAUCAAUGAAUUGACAAAGCUGAAAGCAGUGGGACCAGCAACAGCUUCAGGUAUUAAACAGUUAUUUGAAAAAUGUGCUCAUGACAAGGGCUCAAGAAAGGCCCCUCUGGUCAUCUGGGACAAGUAAAUUUUCUUGCUGAUCAGUAAGAAUGACUAGCCAAUUAUUGAAAGUUUGUCCCGGACAAAAUUUGUCAUUUUGGCGAGACAUUGUCUGAUGACUGGCUGUUAUUUUGAGUGCUAGAUGUUUUAUAUCAAACCUCCAGCAAGUGUAUAAUAUUUAAGCAAUCAUGAGGUAGUACAUGUAUGGUUAGAAGUUAGAGUUAGAAGUUUAGGAAUAUUUCAAGAUAGUUUAUAUGUUUUAUUCACUUUUGGCCCUCAUGAGAUUCUUAUUUUAAGGUGACGCCCCUUUGAGGUCUGAGUUGAAAAUCUGCUGUUGCCGGCAUUUUUGGUGAAAAUCUCUCAGCUACAUAUAUUGCGCAUUAGUGCCUUGUGCUGAACAGAGUUUCACCAAAAUCGCAAAGACCCAAUUCAAGAAAUUCAGCGGUUUCCAAAUUUAGGUCAUAAUUAUUUUAUGCGAAAGUGAUAAUCAAACUUUACUCGAUUAUAUCUAAUAAACUAUGAGAUUCUUCCCUUUAUUUUGGGGGUCGUUAUAACAGAUGGGUCCUUGCAAGUCAGCAAAACGCUUUAGGGCCUUGUAAAUGCGCACGAUUUCGAGCAAAGCAAACAUAUAGAAAUUAUAGUUUUCGCUAUUUGUUGACGUUUGUUGUCGUUUUUAAAAGAGUCCUUCUCACAAGAAAAGCAUUUUCUUUAAAAUUCGUAGUUUUUUUCCUUCAAAUUUUUUUCAGGGCCACAAUUGAUUAACUAACUACCCGGACUCUGAAUUUCAUGGUCAUUGAAAAACUGUGACAUUAUCCUCUAUAAGCCCAAACUUGAGUAAACAUUGAAGAUUUUUAACGUUUUGGCUGAGUUUGUGCUUUGGGAGUUGUCCUGUUGUUUCUAGUCUGUCGUGAUACAGCAUUCUUGUUCAGCACGCGUGCAAUGACAAUUGGCUGACUUCGAAUGCUCACUGGGAUAUGAUAAUUUAGUAUGAGAAAAUAGAAGGGAUUCCCAUCACGAGUUGGUUUAAUUAUUGGCUUACAUUAAACCUAUGAAAAAAUUAUAUUUUUUAAUAGUUAGUAGAUUUAGUGUGUAGCUCUUCUUUUUUUUUUUUGCAAAGGCACAAGAAGAACGAGAAUUGAUUAAAAAUUGUGAGUGAAACCUUUAUGUAUAAUCACGAUGGCCUGUCUCAGUGUACCCAAAUUAUCAUAUCUUGGUGAGCAUUCAGAAGUCAGCCAAAAUGCGGUCAUUGCACGCGUGCUGAACAAGAAUGCUGUGUCAUGACAGACUAGAAACAAUAGACAACUCCCAAAAGCACAAACUCAGCCAAACGCUUAUUUAUUUGUCACAGUUUUUCAAUGACCAUGAAAUUCAGAAUCCGUGUAGUUGGUUAAUCAAUUGUGGCCCUGAAAAAAAUUUGAAGGAAAAAAACUACGAAUUUUUUAAGAAAUCCCUUUUUCGUGAGAAGGACUCUUAAACGCUGACAAACGUCAACAAAUAGCUAAAACUAUAAUUUCUAUAUGUUUGCUUUGCUUGAAAUCGCAGCGCAUUUACAAGGCCCCAAAGCUUUUGCUGACUUGCAAGGACCCAUCUGUUAUAACGAUCUCCAAAAUAAAGGGAUAAGUCUCAUAGUUUAUUAGAUAUAAUCAUGUAAAGUUUGCUUAUCAUUUUCGCAUAAAUUGUGACCCCAAUUUGGAAACUGUUGAAUUUCUUGAACUGGGUCUUAUGAUUUUGAAACUCUGUUCAGCUGAAGGCACUAAUGCUACUAUAUGUAGCCGAGAGAAUUCACUAAAAUGCUGGCAAUGUAGAUUUUCACCCAGACCAAAGCAUGGGUAUUAUAACCAUACGACAUUUACUCCGAUCGCCAAAAAUUUUAUGUUAUAUUGUAGAUUGAUCUAUAUGUUAUCCAUUCUAUGUGUUAGACUUACGAUAAAAGCAAAGGUUGGGAUACCAGAGAGCUUCAAAGUAGGAUGGUACCCCCUCAAAAAAAACUGGGUCGAGUCACCUUAAAUAGUACUUUUUUUCGUUGUCAUUAAGCAAUCCUUUGUGCUGGCAGCCACAAAGUACCAUUCAUGGCAGAUGAAUCAAUACAAGCCAUUCCAGGGUUUGGAAAGAUAGAAUAUUCAUUGAAGUUCUAUCUGGAUUAUAUCGAGAAAAUAAGAAGCUGUCUUAAGCACUUACACAAAGAAGGUAACUGACACUUUUUGCAAUGUCUAAGUAAUUCAGUAAUAUCCUUCCUGCACACUACACUACAGAUUUUUUAGUAGCUUGAAUUUCAGCCUUCACCUCCUUAAGUUGCUUAUUGGCAUGUGACUUAAGGUGAUGGCUGAGAUUCAGACUAUUUUUUAACUAGAUGCUGAAAGAGAAGUUGCAGACGAUUUUAAACUAGGCAGAGUCACUUCAAUCUCGUCUUGCGAAUUUGCUGCAAAUUAACUAGGGAAGUUAUGUGUACAUGAACACAGUUCCUUGAGUUACAAAUAUUGAAAGUAACUGUAUUUAAAAAAAAUUAAUAAUCCGAGUUACUGCAGCUUCAAAACUAAACUUCAGUACAACUUGUUUACCCACGUUUACCCUCCGCCCCCCCCGGGGGGGGGGACUCCCAUAUGAAACAGACGGGGAUGCUCGUCGUCUCGCUUAGGGGUAUAAAUUUCGGAUUUUGGUCUCGCUUAGGGUGUUCCGGGCAAAGCGCCAAUAUUUUAAGCCGCCAAGGUGUCGUUUAGGGUUCCGCGAAGAAACACAGAAUUACGCGAAGAGAAACAGAAGUCAAUUUUCUUUUUAACUUUGUUUGUUAUGUCUUUAUAUCAUUAAAACUCAUUGCAUGUCGUAUUUGUGUGUUUUUAAGGGUCUCUUUUAGGGGUCAAAAUUUGCUUAAGCCACGCCAAGAUUGGUCUCCUUUAGGGGUCACAAAAAGCUUGAGCCACGCCCAGAUGGUCUCAUUUAGGGGUUAAAUUCAAAAUUUCUGACGAGCAUCCCCGUCUGUUUCAUAUGGGAGUCCCCCCCCGGGCCGCCCCCACACUACCUUAUUAGUAUCCCGACCUCAUUUUUCCAGCGCAAAUAUCAGUAGCAAAACACCACGGUUGUUUUCUCAUCCGAAUGUUGAUUCUUAAUAUAUAAACUUCAUUGCACACUUUCUUAAAUUAUAAGCAAUGUAUUUUUCUCAGAUCCAAAAGGUGAAUGGAAUGAGCACAAAAUUGAACUGGGCCUUUGGACCCACGCUAUAGGACAGAAGUAUGCACCAGAGUUAUUUAACAGAAGAUCGGCAUCAAAACGAAAAACAGAAGAAAGGGAAAGUCCUCACAAAUCUAAAAAGGCAAAAGUUUGA